AUGACAGGCGAAGAGUGCGCAGCUUUGAGCUAUUGCUCCGAUGUCUUACGGGGCUUGGCUUGCAGAGAACUGCCCAAGCCACCAGAGCUCCAACAUGGAGGGGCGUCGUUGCAACGCUGGCAGCUAUGGCAAGAAGAAAGCCACAAGCUUUGGCAGGAUUACCUGUCACUACGGCGGCGGCACCUUGGUUUUGCACCAUUGGCAGGUUUUCCGGAACGAUCAGCACAAGUGUUGGUGCUCAUUGAGAUGCGAGCACAUCAGGACUUGGACAUAGUGCUUCGGCAGUCGCUGUCCACGUUGCAUGGCCAAUGGGCGAUUCUUCUUGUCUGUGGAGAGAAGAACCGGUCUUUUGUCGAGGAGGUCGUAAGGAACUGGUCUUUCGUCCACCUCAUGUGUUUGCCGCGGGAGGAUCUCAGCCGCCAGGCAUAUGCCAACUUCCGGCGCUCUCAGGAGUUGCUGGCUCAGCUCAAGGCCAUUGGAGCUGAAGUGGUGUUAUUUCUGGAAUGUGAUGCGGUGUUGCUUCGCCCUGGUGUGGAACGCUUUCUUCACUUCGACUUGGUUGGAGCACCAUGGGCCUGGGCCAAGUCUCAGGAUGCCGCUGUUGGGAAUGGCGGCCUGUGUGUGAGGCGUUUGGACUUCAUGUGUGAGGCACUUCGCUGCAUGGGGGCCUCCCACUUGGGUGAGGUGGAGGAUUCCUGGUGGCCAAGAAAUGAAGACAUUGGCUUUGCGCAAGCAGCUUUGCAGAUGGGGUCUCAAGUCCCAAGAUGGAAGUUGGCAGCGGAGUUUUCCGUAGAAAGCAUGUUCCAUCCCCGACCUGUUGGCUGCCAUAAGCCGUGGCAAUACUUACUCCCUUCCGACAUGCUGCAACUCUUGGAACUUUGGGAAGUGGUCGACUGA